AUGAUUAGGGUGCAAUUUCUCCAAAUCAACAUUUGACGCUGCGGAGUGCGGACUACGACUAGUAGUACGAACACAAUCGGAAUUGGAAGCAAUAAAUUGCUCCCAAUCCAUUCCGAUUCCCAUUUCCCCAUCUCAAAAUCAUCACACACAAUCUUCUUCUUCAUCGAACAAGAGGAAAGGAUUCCGACCAAAUUCAAGCUUCCCCAGAAAAUCAAACGAACUCCGAAUCGGAGAUACCGAGAAACGAUUCAAUCCAUCGUAGGGAUAAGGGUUUCAUAUAAGUUUCCUCUUAUCAAGUAGAGAUGGCAGCUUCGGAAGAGAAUAGUUCACUGUUUCCUAUAUUUAUUUUGACUAUGAUGGCACUCCCUUUAGUGCCUUAUACAAUUUCAAAACUGUGUCGUUUUGCAAAGAAGAAGGCGAAAAGCUUACAUUGUCAAUGUGCCGUAUGCUCCCGCUCUGGAAAAUACCAUAAAUCACUAUUCAAAAGGGUUUCAAACUUCUCCACUUGUAGUAACAUGACACUUGUGUUGCUGUGGGUCAUUAUGGCCUUCUUGAUUUAUUACAUAAAGAAUAUGAGCGCUGAGGUUCAAGUGUUUGAGCCAUUCAACAUUCUUGGGUUGGAACCUGGAGCUUCUGAUUCAGAAAUUAAAAAGGCUUAUAGGAAACUUUCCAUUCUGUACCAUCCUGAUAAAAAUCCAGAUCCUGAGGCUAACAAGUAUUUUGUGGAGUUUAUUUCAAAAGCUUACCAGGCCUUGACUGAUCCCAUUUCCCGCGAGAAUUAUGAAAAGUAUGGUCAUCCAGAUGGGAGACAGGGAUUCCAAAUGGGAAUUGCUCUCCCCCAGUUCCUAUUAAAUAUUGAAGGUGCAUCUGGCGGGAUACUGUUAAUUUGGAUUGUUGGAAUCUGUAUCUUGUUGCCGUUGGUCAUAGCUGUUGUCUAUCUCUCAAGGUCAUCCAAGUACUCAGGGAACUAUGUCAUGCAUCAGACUCUUUUGACUUAUUAUCACUUGAUGAAACCAUCGCUUGCCCCGACCAAAGUUUUGGAUGUGUUUAUCAAAGCAGCUGAAUACAUGGAAAUUCCAGUCCGGAGAGUUGAUGAUGAACCACUUCACAAACUCUUGCUGUUAGUCAGGAGUGAGUUGAAUCUGGACAGCAAAAACAUAAAACAAGAGCAAGCUAAAUUUUUGAAGCAGCAUCCACCACUAGUUAAGACACAAUUGUUGAUUCAAGCCCAUUUAACUCGGGAAACAGCAGACCUACCUCCAACACUUAAUGGUGAUCUGAAACGUGUCCUGGAACUUGCACCUCGUCUACUUGAGGAGUUGAUGAAGAUGGCUCUAAUACCACGCACGGCUCAAGGUCAUGGGUGGCUUAGGCCGGCAAUUGGGGUUGUCGAGCUUUCUCAGUGUGUGAUUCAGGCUGUUCCUUUAAGCGCUAAAAAGGCUGGAGGCGGGUCAACUGAAGGCAUUGCACCUUUUUUGCAGCUGCCACAUUUUAGCGAGGCUGUUACCAAAAAGAUUGCACGCAAGAAAGUGAGGUCCUUUGAGGAGCUUCGAGAAAUGACUGAACAAGAGCGCGCAGAGCUUCUUUCCCAAGUAGCUGGUUUUUCUGCCACUGAAGUCGAAGAUGUGGAGAGGGUACUUGAAAUAAUGCCGUCCCUAUCCAUGGAAGCCAAGUGUGAAACCGAAGGUGAAGAGGGUAUACAAGAAGGUGACAUUGUUACAGUUCAAGCUUGGGUUAAACUUCAACGCCCUAAUGGUUUAAUCGGUGCUCUUCCUCACGCCCCUUACUAUCCGUACCACAAAGAUGAAAACUUCUGGUUCCUACUUGCAGACCAGAACUCUAACAAUGUCUGGUUUUCCCAAAAGGUUAACUUCAUGGACGAGGCUACGGCUAUAACUACCGCUUCGAAAGCAAUUGAAGAAAUGAUGGAAGUUUCAGGUGCAAGUGCGAAAGAAAUCAGUGCAGCUGUCAGGGAAGCUGUUGCGAAAGUAAAAGGUGGGUCCCGCUUGGUUAUGGGUAAGUUUCAGGCAUCAGGAGAAGGGAAUUACAGUAUGACAUGUUACUGUUUAUGUGAUUCUUGGAUUGGUUGUGAUACAAAAACAAGUUUGAAGGUGAAGAUUCUGAAGAGGACUAGGGCUGGAACUAGGGGUGGUGUUAUUACAGAAGAGGGGCCGUUAAUGGAGGAUGGCGGUGAAGAAGAAGAAGAGGUCGAAGAUGAAGAAUAUGAUGAGGAUUAUGAGAGUGAGUAUAGUGAGGAUGAAAAAGAUGAUCAGGAAACAAAAAAGAAGGGGGUUACUGCAAAUGGUGAUGUUCAUAGGAAGAGUACACAGUCAAGUUCUGAAGAAGAAGGUACUGAAUCAGAGGAUGAGUAGAAACACAGUUUUUUCAUAAUUUUGUUUAACUAGAAUAAUAAAACUUCUAUAUUAAGUAGAGGUUUUCCUUUUUAGUGUAAUGCAAAAAAAAAUUACAAAAUUUUAGAUGCUUUGAUGAAUUUUACAUUUUUGAUAGUGACCAAUUUUAUACUACUACAUAAGUUUCUAUUGGAUUGCAA